AUGCUGAUUCGCAACCUUUAUGAGUCGAGUUAUGGCACUGUAACAGUAGGAGACACAACAUCAAGCCGUUUCACAUUCCAGAAGGGCGUUCGUCAGGGAUGCAUAAGCUCUCCUAUACUCUUUAAUAUUUACGGAGAACACAUUAUGCGUCAAACGCUAGAAGACUGGGAGGGUGGCAUAAAGAUAGGUGGAGUCAAGAUAUCUAAUCUGAGAUAUGCAGACGAUACCACCCUUUUCGCAUCAUCCGAAAACGAAAUGGCGGAGCUGCUGCGUCGUUUAGAAACAGCCAGUCUGGAAAUGGGACUUGCAAUUAACAAAUCUAAGACCAAGCUCAUGAUCGUUGAUCGAUUUGACACUAUUCAACGCACUGAUAUCCUACAAGACUACGAGACCGUAAACCAGUUCCAAUACCUUGGCUCGUUAAUAACAAAUAAGGGAAGUAGCGAACCUGAAAUACGUAGGCGAAUUGGCAUGGCAAAGACAGCGAUGACCCAGUUGAGCAAAGUCUGGAAGGACCGAAACAUCAGAUAUCGGACCAAAAUACAUCUGGUCCGCACUCUUGUCUUUUCCAUCGCAUUAUAUGGUGCGGAAACGUGGACUUUUAAAGCUGCCGACAGGCUGAGAAUCGACGCUUUUGAGAUGUGGUGUUGGCGCCGUAUGCUGCAGAUACCAUGGACAGCCUUCCGCACAAAUGUAUCCAUUCUACAACAACUAAAGCUAGAAAAGACAAAACGCUUAUCCACUACCUGCUUGCAGCGAAUAGUACGGUAUUUCGGCCACGUUGCUCGCAGAGACACUAACAACUUGGAACGCCUGAUGGUAACAGGAAAAAUUGAAGGCAAAAGACCUAGAGGUAGAAGUCCCAAACGGUGGUCAGACCAGAUAUCGGAGGAACUGGAGAUAUCUGUCAGCACUGCACUACACCAAGCAACGGAACGUAACCGAUGGAGACAACUGGUUGACGAAAUAAAAAGGAGUCACGAUAAGUCCUCCAGGCCAUCCUAUGGUGAUGACGCUGUGAGUUACGUACAGCUGAAACGCGACGGCGAUUUGUGUGUGGUAAAAUGUAAAGUCUGCCCAGAACACAAAGUCCACGCAAAAUUGUAUGGAGUAACUUUAAUAGUAGAUGAACAGGAAGAGGCCGUGAAGUCUGUAGCAUGUAAUGAUUGUGUGGCUUCCCAAGGAGGCUGUAAACACGGCAUAGCCUUCCUAAUGUGGGUCCAUCGUCGGAGUGAGGAGCCAUCCUGCACAUCCAUACAGUGCUAUUGGAUGAAAUCGCGACUAUCGAGAGUUGGUUCCACCACGAAAUUUAUAACAGCCAAAGAGUUAUCCAAUGGCAGACCCAGUGUGCCAUCAGAUGAAGAUGUAUUUAAAAAGUUUUUAGAGGAAGGGAGAAAAAGAAAACUUAGCAACUGCGAGUUACUUAAAUAUCAAUCUGACUAUCUGUUUGACCAAAAAGAAAGUUUGUCUAUGCACAAGUUAGUGCUGAAAUAUAAAGAAGCAUCUUGUGAUAAAUUUUUGGAAAAGGUUACAUUGACCGAUGCUGAUAUUGAUAGCAUUGAGAAAGAAACUAAAAGGCAACAUGAAAGCAUCCUUUGGCAUGAGUUAAGAUAUGGCAGGGUAACAGCUUCAAGAGCAUUUGAGUUUAGUCGUUGCAAAACCAGUGAUGGCACUCUUAUCUCAUUAAUAAUGGGUGGGAAACUCCCUGACACAUCAGCCAUGAAGCGUGGUAGAAUAUUGGAAGAUGAAGUAAGGAAAACAGUAAGUACCAAACUGGGAAAAAAAAUUAAGCACUGUGGAUUAAUGUUGUCUAAGAACUAUCCUAUGAUAGCAGGAUCACCUGAUGGUAUCUGUGAAGACAGUAUUAUUGAAAUUAAAUGUCCCAUGAGUGCUAAAACGUUUAAAAAAUAUAUAGUCAAUGGUAAACCAACAAUUAAGUUUUAUGUGCAGAUGCAGCUCCAAAUGUACCUUACAGGACUUAAAAAAGGCUACUUUUGUGUGGCUGAUAGCAGCUACAGUGCAAAUAAAAAUGUAGAAAUAAUAUGUGUUUCAUAUGAUGAAAAGUAUGUAUUAAAUUUUCUAGAUGUUAUAGUCUCUUUAUGGAAAGAAAAUGUAUAUCCAUUAUUAUACCAAAGUUCUUUGUAA